GAGAGGAGGAUUGGAUCAAAAUGAUUGGCAAGAUUGAUGGAUUGUCGGCCACUCAUAGUUUGACCCAUUCUCUCUGUUUUGUCGCCUCCAUCUCUCAGCUUACCUCUCUGCUCGGUGCUUCCCAUCCUCCUCUCUCUUUUCAGCUUUCUUAUUACCUCACCAUCAAUGGCUUCUUUUUCAGCUUCUUCUCUCAGCUUCCACCUACCGCCGAAUCCACAUUCCAAGAUUAACCAGGAAGACGGCGGCGCUGAUAGGGACUCCAUGCUUUGGGGCUCUGCCUCCAACCGCUCAUCUUUGAAAUCCUCCUUCAUCUCUCCCCUACCUCAGAUUCCCUCCACAAGGAAGCAAAAGUGUGCUGUUGCAGCUGCCCCCAAGUUCUCCCUGCGCGUCGCUUCCAAACAAGCCUAUAUCUGUCGUGAUUGCGGGUACAUUUACAACGAUAGAACUCCUUUUGAGAAAUUGCCUGAUAACUAUUUCUGUCCUGUCUGUGGUGCUCCUAAGCGACGAUUUAGACCUUAUGAGCAAUCAGUGACUAAAAAUGAUAACGAAUUUGAUGCGAGGAAGGCAAGAAAGGCGCAGAUUCAGAAAGAUGAAGCUAUUGGGAAGGUGCUGCCUAUUGCCGCUGCAGUGGGAAUCGUGGCACUUGUAGGUUUAUACCUGUACCUGAAUAGCGUCUUUUAGAUCGAGUGGCUUGCUCGAUGACGGGGGCUUGACAUCAUUUGUUUCAUCAUUUUCUUCCCGAGGCUGUUUUUUAUUGAUUUAAAUAUUAAAUGUAUUUUUUCGACCCACUUUCCGAAAACACUGGCAAAUUGUUUAUUGAGCGUUUAUUUACACUCAGCAGAAUAGCCAUUGGAUCAUAUAUGAACUGCCCAUCGCCUUACCUUAGUUUAUGUACCUGUGGAUGUGGCUUUGGGUGUAAUACUGACUUUGGGGUGAUUAUAUCUUGGAAGAUUUUGUUUAACCAGUUCUUUCAUGGACUGGACAA